AAGCACCCCACUUGAUAUGAAUACAACGUCUUCAUCAAUAAAACGUAAAAACAGACUUAUGUUUUUCUCAAUCGAUUUUUCCACAUGGUUAAUCCUAUUUUUCCUAAAUCUUUCAUUUCCCACCGUCAAUUCCGAUCCUCGUUUAAGCUUGAUGGGCAAAACUUUAUGCGGCAUGGACCAAGCAACUACAGAAAGUUUCAUCCCAUUAUUCGUACAAGCAAUGGAAAAAUUAUUAAUCAAUCUUAGCAACUCAAAUAACAACUUCGCUGUCACAAGCCUCACCAAUCCUAAUCUACCACCUUUUUAUGCCUUAGCUCAAUGCCACCAAGAUCUUUCCCGUACUGAUUGUUUUGUUUGUUAUGCGGCCAGCCGUAACGACCUUGCCACUUGCGUUCCCAGCACCUGGGGCCUGGUCUUCCUGGACGGAUGCUUUCUACGUUACGAUAACUAUAGCUUUUUUCAAGAAGCUGUUAAUGCUGCAAUUGAUUAUAAACACUGUUCUUUGAGUCCAAGUUGGCCCAGUUUUGUUGAAGGUGGUUCGGAAUUUGAUAGACGUGUUGCCAAUUUGGUUGGAAAUCUUACGCAAUCAGCAUUAUUAAACAAUGGGUUUGGGGUAAUGGAAAUGAAUGGUAUUUAUGGAUUGGCGCAGUGUUGGGAGAGUUUGAAUCAGUCACAGUGUAGAGUUUGUUUGAAUAAGGCAAAAUUGGAAGUCGUGAGAUGUUUUGAAGGAAGUAUUAUGAAUGCAGGGUGUUUCUUUAGGUAUUCUAAACAUAAAUUCUUCAAUGAUCCACAUGCAGACGUAGAACCAGGAACCAAGGGACAUGCGUUGAAGCUUAUAAUUGGUAUUUCAUGCGGUAUCUCAGGAAUCAUGCUCAUAUUGUUUCUGAUACUCUGUCGUAAAAAGAUUUUCUCAGAAACUCAAGCUGCUCUACGGAGUGAAACCAUCAAAAAUCAUCAAGUAGAAAUAUUCAUCAAGAACUUCGGAUCUAUGUCCCCGAAAAGAUAUACGUAUUCAGAAAUCAAGAAAAUUACAAACACAUUCCGAGAAAAACUAGGGCAAGGAGGGUAUGGAAGUGUCUACAGAGGACAAUUGCCCGAUGGUCAGCUAGUUGCUGUAAAGCUCCUGGGUAAACCCAUGGGAGAUGGAGAAGAUUUCAUUAAUGAAGUUGCUAGCAUCGGUAGAACUUCUCAUGUCAACAUAGUUACACUCUUGGGUUUCUGCUUUGAGGGAAAGAAAAGAGCCCUCAUGUAUGAGUUCAUGCCAAAUGGGUCCUUGGAUAAGUUUCUACGUGAUGAUGGAUCUCAUCUUGACUGGAACACAUUAUUCCGAAUUGCAAAAGGGAUUGCACGAGGUCUAGAAUACCUACAUGAACAUUGUAACACAAGGAUUGUACACUUUGACAUAAAGCCACACAACAUUCUAUUGGACGAAGAAUUUAUCCCAAAAAUAUCUGAUUUCGGGUUGGCUAAGCUGUCCAAGAGGAAACAAAAUAUUGUGUCUGUAACAGGUGCCAGAGGUACCGCUGGAUAUAUGGCCCCUGAAGUAUUUUUCAAGAGUUUUGGUGGGGCGUCUCAUAAAUCUGAUGUGUAUAGUUAUGGGAUGAUGGUUUUUGAAAUGACGGGUGUACGUAAAAAGAAAAGCUCCAACACGACAAGCACUAGUGAAGCAUAUUUUCCGGAUUGGAUAUACAAGCAUGUAGAAGGUGGAGAGAAUCUAGGGGUUGAUGGAGUGACAACUGAAGAGGAAGAACAAUUAGUGAGGAAGAUGGUGAUAGUAAGCUUGUGGUGCAUCCAGUCUGAUCCAUCGGAUCGGCCAUCCAUCACUAAUGUUGUGGAGAUGUUGGAAGGAAGCCUUGAAUCGUUGAAAGUUCCCCCUAAACGUUUUUGGUCACCUCGUAAAAGGCCUACACAUGACACUUCCUCAUCAGCCACGAAAAAUUCUAGCAGUGAGAGAGUAUUAAUGCAGCCUGCAGGUGAAUACUUGUCAUCUUAAUGUUCACAAAGCCAAAGUAGCUUUAGGGAACUACCUCCUUUCUAUCUGCCUUAAAGGGCUAGCUUUAGAAAAAUUUUGCAAUAGAUUUUUAACACCUAUAUAUUGUCUAUACUUGGCAUAGCUGUAAACAAAUAAACCAGCAAACUCAGACGAAGAACCAACAAAAAAAAAAUGAGAAAAUAUUCAUGGAU